AUGGUCACCAAUCUGGAGGAAUCGAAAGUGCCGGGGCCUGCGCAUGGAGCGCAAGACAGUGCAUAUAACGCGCCAGACUGGGAAGUGCCGGAAGCAAGUACAACGAGGAGGAAGGGACUCCGCCUUGGAUCGACAUCCAGGCGCUGGGCCGUUGCCGACCGCUUCGACAGAGUACUGCCUCCAUACAAGCGCUACAUAGGCCUCAAACGACGCGCAUUCCUUCUCGCCGUUGCAGCUGUAUUACUCGCAAUCAUUGCGCUCGCCGUAGGCCUCGGAGUUGGCCUGGGCAAGAAGCACAACAACACUGGAAUCUAUAAAUGUCUCCUCGUGGCCUUUACAUGGAGCCUUCGUGGAAACUUCAAGGAGACCGUUAGCUACAUCGAAAGAACCGCACGACGCAUGAACCACAUAGAUUGUCCAGAGCCAAACACGAUCAAAUCCGCCGGCGGGUCCGUCAACAAACAGAACAUAGGUUUCAACAAGAUGACCCAGGGAAGCACGAUAACUCCAUUGCAGGACAUUUCGCCAAAGUUCAAAGAAGCAGAGCUGAAACGAGCUGCUCGGCAACAGGAACGACACACUCCGGACUACCUCAAGGAACAUACCCAAAAUCGCUCGCGCAGGCGCAGUGAAGCGCUGUGUUCGAGUCCUCCGAUGUCACCUAUGGUUGAUGAUCCUUCACUAUCUGGGAAACAGCGCUUCGGUCGGGCCUCAAAUCCAGGAGAGUAUGGACCCCGCUUCAAUGAGUACUCUGAUCGAAGUCACGCCGCUGGAGUCUAUGAGAACCAUCCGACAGAAGUCCAUGAGGUCCCUGAUCACAUGGCUUCCUUCGGCACACUUCACCACAGAAGGUUCAUCGACGUCGGCCUGAGCGACGAGAAAACCGCGCCCGCGCCUGGAGAGCAUCUCGACCAUCAUAAUGACCGGAACUUGCCGCCAAUACCGCCACCUGUUUUACCCGAGCCUCGCACAACUUGGACCCCUCAAGCACAACACCAUCCAUACCUACACGACACGCCCUACCGAGCCUCCAAACCCAACCUCAGCCCCUCUUUUCUGCACAACACCUUCUCCAAAAUCCGAGGAGACCCCAAGACUACCUUUCUGUAUCUUGUUCUCGUUAUCCUUUCCACCUUCCUCAUCUACGCAAUCGUCUACGCAAUUAUAAGACUCCUCCCACUUUACGACAACCUGCGCGACUUGAAGGACAAACUAGCCUCAAUCGACGCCUUCAAAGACAAGGUUGCCGCCAAGUUAGGAGCUUGGUUAGACGACGGAAAAGACUUGGCCAAGAACGUAAAGGACCAGGCGAAAAUAUAUGCCGAUACAGUGGUGGAUGAGGCGAAUAAAGUGCUGGGCAAGUUCGGAAAAAAGCUGGACCAUUGUGGCGAGUUCGGUAGGAGCGACGACGACAGCGGUGCUGUCUCGGUCUUCAACCGCGUUACCGAGCACCUUAUUACCGAGCUCAUUAAAGACACGCGAGGCGUUGAGGUCUGA